AUGUCUCGGGUGGAGGAUUUGUGGGAGCGGCUGGUGCGUGCAGCUCUACGUGGACGAAGAGCUGGUGGGGAUUUGUAUGGACGUCCUGAGGCUGACCUAGCUUCCACUGUUCCUUCGUCACUUGGAAACAGAGACAUAGAUGAUAUUCUGAGGGCUGCAGACGAAAUCCAAGAUGAAGAUCCUAAUGUAUCCAGAAUCCUAUGCGAGCAUGCUUAUUCAUUGGCCCAAAAUCUGGAUCCUAAUAGUGAAGGAAGGGGUGUAUUGCAGUUUAAGACUGGUUUGAUGUCUGUCAUCAAGCAAAAGCUGGCUAAGAGGGAGGGUGGAAGCAUCGAUAGAAGCCAAGAUAUUGCUCGCUUACGGGAGUUCUAUAAACUAUAUAGGGAAAAGCAAAAUGUGGAUCAGCUCCGAGAAGAGGAGAUGAAGUUGAGGGAGUCUGGGAUCUUCAGUGGUAACCUUGGAGAGCUGGAGCGUAAAACAGUGAAGAGGAAAAGAGUCUUGGCAACUCUUAAGGUCCUUGGAAAUGUUCUAGAACAGCUGACUAAGGAAGUCUCCCCUGAAGAAGCUGAGAGAUUAAUUCCUGAGGAGCUGAAACGUGUAAUGGAGUCAGAUGCAGCUAUGACAGAUGAUUUAGUUCCCUAUAACAUAAUUCCUUUGGAUGCUCCUACUAUAACUAAUCCUAUUGUGUCUUUCCCUGAGGUUAGAGCUGCAGUUUCUUCAUUGAAGUAUUUCAGUGGCCUUCCUCAGUUACCUGGAACUUUUCCUAUACCGGCUUCAAGGGCGUUAGACAUAUUUGACUUCUUGCAGUAUUCAUUUGGCUUUCAGAAAGACAACGUUUCAAAUCAGCGAGAGCAUGUCGUUCAUCUCCUUACAAAUGAGCAAAGUAGACUUCAUAUUCCUGAAGAACCUGAGGCGAUAUUAGACGGAGAUGCUGUGCGAAGGGUAUUUUUGAAGUCCCUCGACAACUAUAUCAAGUGGUGUAACUAUUUGGGGAUCUUACCCGUGUGGAGCAACUUGGAAGCUGUGAGCAAAGAGAAGAAGUUAAUGUUUGUUUCGCUGUACUACUUGAUAUGGGGUGAAGCAGCAAAUGUCCGAUUUCUUCCGGAAUGCUUAUGCUACAUAUUUCAUCAUAUGGGAAGGGAGCUCGAAGAGUUAUUGCGAAACCAGGUUGCUCAACCAGCCAACAGUUGUGUUUGCGAGUCUGGAGUAUCAUUUAUCGACCAAGUUAUAAGUCCUCUUUAUGAGGUUAUUUCUGCGGAAUCUGCAAACAAUGAUAAUGGGCGUGCGCCUCAUUCAGCCUGGAGAAAUUAUGACGACUUUAAUGAAUAUUUUUGGUCACUGCACUGCUUUGAACUUAGUUGGCCAUGGCGCAAGAGUUCUCCUUUCUUUAUCAAGCCAACACCGAGGUCAAAGAAUGUUCUAAAAUCUAGUGGAGGCAAACGCUGUGGAAAAACCUCCUUUGUCGAACAUAGGACAUUUCUUCAUCUCUAUCACAGUUUUCAUCGUCUGUGGAUAUUCCUUCUGAUGAUGUUUCAGGCACUUACCAUCAUUGCUUUCAACAGAGGUCGUUUCAACUCCAAGACCAUCCGAGAAGUUCUUAGUGUUGGACCAACAUACUUUGUGAUGAAAUUCUUUGAAAGUGUUCUGGACAUCAUAAUGAUGUAUGGAGCAUACUCUACCUCAAGGCGCCUGGCUGUUACCAGAAUUUUUCUUCGCUUUCUCGUCUACAGCUUGGCUUCAGUUUUCAUAUGUUUCCUUUAUGUGAGAGCACUUCAAGAGAGUAGCGGCAACAGCACUUCAGUAAUCUAUAGAUUAUAUGUCAUUGUUCUCGCCAUCUUUGCGGGUGCAAAAUUCUUUUUGAGUUUCUUGUUGCGCAUACCAGCAUGUCACCGCAUGUCCAAUAGGUUUGAUAGUUGGCAGCUGGUUCGUUUUAUUAAGUGGAUGCAUCAGGAACAUUACUAUGUUGGUCGUGGCAUGUAUGAAAGAGCAUCAGAUUUCACAAAGUACAUGAUCUUCUGGUUUGUGGUGCUUGGAUGUAAAUUUGCUUUUGCUUAUUUCCUUCUGGCAAGUGCUAUAAGGCCUUUGGCUGGACCUACACGAACAAUAGUCAACAUGGAUAUAAGACUAUAUUCUUGGCAUGAUUUUGUAUCCAAAAAUAAUCACAAUGCUUUGACCAUAGUAAGCUUAUGGGCGCCCGUGCUGGCUAUUUACCUGAUGGAUAUCCAUCUAUUCUACACCAUCAUAUCUGCUCUAUGGGGUUUCCUGUUGGGCGCCAGAGAUCGUCUUGGAGAGAUUAGAUCUCUGGAUGCUGUUCAUCAACUUUUUGAGAAAUUCCCAGCAGCUUUCAUGAAUACCCUGCACAUACCACUUCCUAGCAGGUUCUCUCUUUUAAUGGAAUUUUUAUUCGAUGUGGAAAAGGACAAAAUUGAUGCUGCUCAGUUUGCCCCCUUUUGGAACGAAAUCGUAAAGAAUCUGAGGGAGGAGGACUAUAUCAGUAAUCAGGAAAUGGAGUUGCUUCUGAUGCCGAAAAAUUCAGGAAGUCUUCCACUAGUCCAGUGGCCGCUUUUUCUUUUAGUGAGCAAGAUUUUCCUGGCAAAAGAUAUUGCUGUGGAGAACAGAGAGUCGCAGGAAGAGAUGCGGGAUAGAAUUUCAAGGGAUGAUUACAUGAAAUAUGCUGUUGAGGAGUGUUUUUUCAGUGUCAAAUAUAUACUUACAGCAAUAUUAGAUGAUGAAGGAAAUAAUGAAGGAAAGAAGUGGGUUGAAAGAAUAUAUGAAGAUAUCCGAGGAAGCAUAGCGAACAGAAGUAUUCAUGUUGACUUUCGGCUAAAUAAACUGCCUCUUGUUAUUCAGAAAGUUACAGCGCUACUGGGAAUACUGAAGAAGGAUCAAACACCUGAACUCGAAACCGGUGCAGUGAAAGCUAUUUUAGAUCUUUAUGAUGUUAUGCGACAUGAUGUUCUUUCAAUUAACAUGAGGGAUCAUUAUGAGACAUGGAAUAUGCUUUCAAAAGCAAGGACUGAAGGUCGUCUCUUUCAAAAUUUGAAGUGGCCUAGAGAUGCUGAGCUGAAAGCACAAGUCAGCCGAUUGUAUUCACUCCUUACCAUCAAAGAUUCUGGCGCAAAUAUCCCCAAGAACCUUGAGGCAAGAAGAAGGCUAGAGUUUUUCACUAAUUCCUUGUUUAUGGAGAUGCCUGCCGCUAAGCCUGUCCGAGAGAUGCUAUCCUUUAGUGUGUUCACUCCAUAUUAUUCGGAGAUUGUACUUUAUAGCAUGACUGAACUCCUUAAAAAAAAUGAAGAUGGCAUUUCAACUUUGUUUUAUCUUCAGAAGAUAUAUCCAGAUGAAUGGAAAAACUUCCUUGCUCGAAUUGGCCGCGAUGAAAAUGCAUCAGAGACGGAACUUGGUGAUAAUCCUAGUCAUAUCCUUGAGCUGAGGUUUUGGGCUUCUUACCGAGGGCAGACAUUGGCUAGAACGGCAGUUCGAGGAAUGAUGUACUACAGAAAAGCUCUGAUGCUUCAAGCAUAUCUGGAACGGAUGUCAGUUGGAGAUUUGGAAUCUGGUAUUGGCAAUCGAUCAGCUGAUGUUCAAGGUUUUGAGUUGUCUCCGGAAGCAAGAGCUCAAGCGGACCUGAAGUUCACUUACGUUGUAACAUGUCAGAUAUAUGGGAAGCAGAAAGAAGAACAGAAACCUGAAGCUGCAGACAUUGCUCUGUUAAUGCAAAGAAAUGAAGCUCUUCGAGUUGCUUUCAUUGACGUGGUUGAAACUAUGAAGGAUGGGAAAGUGCACACUGAAUAUUUCUCUAAACUUGUGAAGGCUGAUAUCAAUAAGAAAGACAAGGAAAUAUAUUCAAUAAAGCUACCAGGGAAUCCGAAACUCGGUGAAGGCAAACCAGAAAAUCAGAAUCAUGCUGUAGUAUUCACUCGCGGUAACGCUGUGCAGACAAUUGAUAUGAAUCAGGAUAACUAUUUCGAGGAAGCAUUGAAGAUAAGAAAUCUUCUUGAAGAGUUCAACUGUGAUCAUGGAUUACGUCCACCUACUAUUCUUGGUGUCAGGGAGCAUGUAUUUACUGGAAGUGUUUCUUCUCUGGCAUACUUUAUGUCGAGUCAAGAAUCUAGCUUUGUCACGCUUGGUCAGCGUGUUCUAGCAAAUCCUCUGAAGGUUCGUAUGCAUUAUGGCCAUCCUGAUGUCUUUGAUAGAGUUUUCCAUAUCACAAGGGGUGGGAUCAGUAAGGCAUCUCGUGUAAUCAAUAUUAGUGAAGAUAUCUUUUCAGGUUUCAAUUCAACUUUACGCCAGGGAAAUGUGACUCACCAUGAAUAUAUUCAGGUUGGCAAGGGGCGAGAUGUUGGGCUCAAUCAAAUUGCUCUUUUUGAGGGUAAAGUUGCUGGGGGUAAUGGUGAGCAAGUUCUUAGUAGGGAUGUUUACAGACUUGGGCAGCUCUUUGAUUUCUUCAGGAUGUUGUCUUUCUACUUCACCACUGUUGGAUACUACUUUUGUACCAUGCUGACAGUGCUGACACUAUAUGCUUUUCUCUACGGGAGGGUAUAUCUGGCUUUAUCUGGGGUUGGUGAAACUAUACAAGACAGAGCGGAUAUAUUAGGCAAUACAGCUCUUAGUGCGACCCUGAAUGCGCAGUUCCUGUUCCAGAUUGGUGCAUUCACAGCAGUUCCCAUGAUUUUAGGCUUCAUCUUAGAACAGGGUUUUCUGAGGGCUGUUGUUAGCUUUGUCACCAUGCAAUUUCAGCUCUGUACAGUCUUCUUCACGUUCUCGCUGGGAACUAGAACACAUUACUUUGGGCGGACUAUACUUCAUGGUGGUGCAAGGUAUCAAGCCACUGGCCGAGGAUUUGUGGUUCGCCACAUCAAGUUUACUGAAAAUUACAGGCUUUACGCGAGAAGUCACUUUGUGAAAGGAAUGGAGAUUGUGCUGCUAUUGGUGAUAUACCUUGCAUAUGGAUACAAUGACGGUGGUGCUUUAUCCUAUAUCCUUCUCACCGUUAGCAGUUGGUUUCUAGCUUUGUCAUGGCUGUUUGCCCCAUAUUUGUUCAACCCGUCUGGAUUUGAGUGGCAGAAGACUGUGGAGGACUUCCAAGAUUGGACAAACUGGCUUCUUUACAGAGGUGGAAUUGGAGUUAAAGGAGAGGAAAGCUGGGAGGCCUGGUGGGAUGAAGAGCUGGCUCAUCUUCGAACAUUCAGUGGCAGAGUGAUGGAAACCAUUCUUAGCCUACGGUUUUUCAUCUUCCAGUACGGUAUCGUAUACAAGCUGCAUGUGCAAGGAUCGGAUACAUCACUUACGGCCUAUGGAUUUUCAUGGGUAGUGUUUGCUGUGCUUAUACUUCUUUUCAAGGUUUUCACCUUCAGUCAGAAAAUGUCCGUGAAUUUCCAGCUGCUGCUUCGUUUCAUCCAAGGUGUCGCGUUUUUACUUGCGGCUGCUGGUUUGGCUGUCGCCAUUGUACUUACUAAUCUCACCAUCACCGAUGUAUUUGCUUGUCUCUUAGCUUUUCUCCCCACCGGGUGGGGAAUUCUCUCUAUUGCUUGUGCUUGGAAGCCUUUGGUGAAGAAAAUAGGAUUGUGGAAGUCCAUGCGGUCGAUCGCUCGUCUAUAUGAUGCUGCUAUGGGGAUUGUUAUUUUCAUCCCAAUUGCUUUGUGCUCGUGGUUCCCAUUUGUGUCGACUUUCCAAACAAGGCUCAUGUUCAACCAAGCUUUCAGCCGGGGUCUCGAAAUUUCUCUUAUCCUUGCUGGGAACAACCCCAACACUGGCAUAUGA